AUGGCGUGGAGAGAAUAUUUUGCUGAACUGCACGGAACUGCAAUGUUGGCAUUCAUUGUCUUCGCCAGUGACGGAGGACCAUUUUCUGUUGGUCUAGGGCUAUGGGGAAUUAUUAAUGUUACAGGGUGCAUAAGUGGUGCCCAUUUCAACCCAGCUGUAACUCUUGGAGUUAUCCUCAACAAAAAAAUUAACAAAUCAUUAACAAGCAGCGAAUUCAUCAAGUUCCUUAUUUAUAUGAUAAUUCAGCUUGGUGGGGCAUUCAUUGGAAGUCUUUUUGCAGAGCUUGUUACGGACUCCCAUUUUGGCUUUAAAAAUCGGCCAGGCCACACGUAUCGAGAUGUCUUUGUAGGCGAAACAAUAGCAACUGGGCAUAUUGUUAUGGCUGCUUUAAUGAUAGGCCACCUAACCACAUAUAGCUUAAUGGCAACAUUAGUGCUAUGCUUUACAGUAGUCGCUCAUAUUUUUACAAUUGGUCCAAUCUCUGGAGCUUGCUUCAAUCCAGCAGUCGGUAUCGCGGUCAGCGUUGUAAAAACGGUUCAUUUUAAUGACUCAAGCUACAUUGACCAUCUCUGGAUCUAUAUUGUGGCUCCAUUUCUCGGUGUCUUCUAUGGAAUCAUUCCAGCGUUAAUUUAUUCGAGUGAUGAAAAAUUCAAAGGAAAAAGCGUAAAGGAUACUCAAAUGAGCGAAAAUUUAAUUUUCAAAGAAGAUAGCUAACUCCCCCCCUCUGUGAGCGAACAGAAAAAUCUUGUUCGCUAACGGAGGGGGUUUAUUUUUUUUUUUAAAAAAAAUUAUAUAUAAUUUUUAAAGAAAAAAUUUUUUCGGAAUUUAAAAAAAUCCCAUUACUCGAAAAUUGGAAAGUAAAUAUUAAUUUAAUUUGUAAAAUCUAAACAGAAUUAGCUCGAGAUUUCAUGAUACUAGUUAUCACUUAUAUAUCAAAUUUUUUCUAUUAAAACAUUUUUGUUCGCUCAUGGAAGGUGAGUUUUUGGCAAAAAAUAGGGAUUUUUCUAAUGGUUUUGUUCGCUCACUGAGGGCGGGGGAGUAA